GGAGGUUCUGCUUUUCUCCCUGCAGCCCGUGACCUUCUGCAGCCACAGAGACAAAGCAGAAGUGAUGUUUAGACUUUCAGCAUCAGAAUUGGGUAAAAGAUUAUGAAACCGUGGAGAGUUUAGUCUCUGAUGCAACCCUGAGACCAUCCAAUCCCAGGACUCCAGUCCUGGUGAGCCAAGCCCAGAUUCUGCCCUGUCGGGUCCAGACUAGUGUCUGGGAUCUGUUUGGAGCCCCCAACCCCCGCUUUAAUAUUUUCAGAAACUUUUUCCUGGAUCUCUAGAAUCCAGACUUCAGCUGCACAGCUCCAGACUUCUUUGCUGAAGAUGCCAUUCUCUCCGGAACAGACUAGACUUGGUUCUGGAGCCCUCCUGGAUCAGCUGUGACAGUGUCAAAGCACCAGAACAGACGUCCACCAAAAGGUCAAGAUGAGCGGCGACACGGCGACCCUGCACCUGGACGGCAUCCCUCCGGACAUGCUCAGCAAGGUGCAGAAACAUCUGGAGCCUUUCCGCCUCUCGUUGGAGAAGCUUCAGGACGUUUCUGCUCGGCUGAGGAAGGACAUGAUCCGAGGUCUGGGGAAGCACUCGCACCACCGGGCCUCCGUCAAAAUGCUGCCCACGUUUGUCCGGGCCACGCCGGAUGGCACAGAGAAAGGAGACUUCCUGGCUUUGGAUCUGGGUGGAACAAACUUCCGAGUUCUUCACGUCCGUGUGCUGGAGGAGGAGCAGAGAGUCCUAAAGAUGGACAGUCAGAUUUGUGCGAUUCCGCAGGACAUCAUGCUGGGAACCGGAGAAAAGCUGUUCGACCACAUCGCUGCCUGUCUGGCUGAGUUCCUGGACUCCCAGAAGCUGCGGGGUCAGACCCUCCCUCUCGGGUUCACCUUCUCCUUCCCCUGCGAGCAGAAGGAAAUCGAUAAGAGCAUCCUGAUCCGCUGGACCAAAGGCUUCAACUGCUCCGGGGUAGAGGGGGAGGAUGUGGUCAACUUACUGAAAGAGGCCAUCCACAGGAGGGGGGACUACGACAUCAGCUCGGUUGCCAUGGUGAACGAUACAGUCGGUACCAUGAUGAGCUGCGGUUACCGGGACCAGAGCUGUGAGAUCGGCAUGAUCAUCGGGACCGGAACCAACGCCUGCUACAUGGAGGAGAUGAAGAACGUGAAGCGGGUGGAAGGCGAGGACGGGCGGAUGUGCAUCAACACGGAGUGGGGGGGCUUCGGGGACGACGGCUGCCUCAAAGACGUCCUGACGGAGUUUGAUGAGGAGGUGGAUAAGACGUCCAUCAACCCCGGCGUCCACACGUUUGAGAAGAUGAUCAGCGGCAUGUAUUUGGGGGAAAUCGUUCGUCUGGUUCUGCUGAAGCUGACUGAGGAGAAGCUGUUGUUCAGAGGUUGCCCUUCGGAGGCGCUGUUGACCCCUGGAAGCUUUGAGACCAGGUUCAUCUCUGAGAUCGAGGAACCCGAUUCUGGACUGGAAAACGCAAAGAAGAUUCUGACCAAGCUGGACCUGGACUGGGAUCUGGUGGACGCCUGUGUUGCUCGUCUGGUUUGUGACACCGUUUCGUCGCGCUCCGCUCGGCUCUGUGCCGCAGCUCUGGCAACCAUCGUCAACCGCAUCCGCAUCAACCGGGGGCUGGACCACCUGAAGACCACCGUGGGGGUGGACGGGACAGUCUACAGGAAGCAUCCAAACUUCAGCGAUGAGCUCCAGGCCGCCGUGCGCCUCCUGGCUCCCAAAUGUGAUGUAACUUUCCUGAUCUCUGAGGACGGCAGUGGAAAGGGCGCCGCCAUGGUGACAGCUGUGGCACAGCGGCUGGCUCUUCAGUCCCGCCUGCUGGAGGACAGCGACGGUGAAGAUGAAGAAGAAGAGGAGGAGGAGAAAUGUGACGCAAAUAUUUGAUCUGCUAACUCUGAGACUGCUGUCCUUUUCUUUACGAGAGUGCUAGUAGAUGUAAAAAGCGUUUAUUUCACUUCAUCUCACUGCUUCAAAUAAAACUGCAGAAAGUUUAUU